GCCGCGCCGUGCCGCGCCUGUCAGCGGGGCGGCGGGAUGGCGGCGCUGUACGCCUGCACCAAGUGCCACCAGCGCUUCCCCUUCGAGGCGCUCAGCCAGGGCCAGCAGCUCUGCAAGGAAUGCCGGAUUGCACAUCCCAUUGUCAAAUGCACUUACUGCAGGACUGAAUUCCAGCAGGAAAGCAAAACCAACACAAUAUGCAAGAAGUGUGCUCAGAAUGUGAAGCUCUACGGCACACCCAAACCCUGCCAGUACUGCAACAUCAUAGCAGCAUUUAUUGGAAACAAGUGCCAGCGAUGCACAAAUUCGGAGAAGAAGUAUGGCCCUCCACACUCCUGUGAGCAGUGCAAGCAGCAGUGUGCCUUUGACAGGAAGGAUGACAGGAAAAAGGUGGAUGGGAAGCUGCUGUGCUGGUUGUGCACGCUGUCCUACAAACGGGUCCUACAGAAGACCAAAGAGCAGUGCAAACACCUGAGCAGCUCCUCCCGGGCAGGCCUGCAGGAGAAGGAACAGUACAGCAGGCUCAGCAGUGGCAGCCACUACAACAGCCAGAAAACCUUAUCCACCUCUUCUAUUCAGAAUGAAAUCCCAAAGAAGAAAGCCAAGUUUGAUGCCAUAUCUGCCAAUGGUGACAGCGUUCCUUCCUCUCCCGAGAUGCUUUGUCCCCCUAUCCAGAGCGCCCCGUCCAUGCUGGCGCCGUGGGCUGCUUCCCAGCAGAGUCUCGGUGCCCACCAUUGUCCUGUUUCUCAAGGCACUGACAUCCUGAAUUUUUCUCCAGACCUCGCCCUGGACUCUCCUGGCACUGACCACUUUGUUAUCAUUGCCCAGCUGAAGGAGGAAGUGGCUACUCUAAAGAAGAUGCUGCACCAGAAAGACCAGAUGAUUUUGGAGAAGGAGAAGAAGAUCACCGAGCUGAAAGCUGACCUGCAGUACCAGGAGUCGCAGAUGAGGGCAAAGAUGAACCAGAUGGAGAAGACACACAAGGAGGUCAUGGAGCAGUUACAGGCCAAGAACAGAGAACUCCUGAAGCAAGCAGCUGCCCUAUCGAAGGGCAAAAAGCCUGAGAAGUCGGGAGCAAUAACCUCCCCUUAGAACCAAACCCCCAGUGUGGGAGCUUUCUCCAGCAUUAGCCAAGGACUCUGGGAGACCUGCCUGAUUGCUGGAAGCCAAAACCUCAGUGUGGUCCCUCUCCCCCUGCUGCGGACUCGAUGGAAACGCCUGGUGUGUGUGUGUUGCCUUUCGACAGCAUCCUGAGCGUGGCUGGUCCCCGUCCAUCUCUGUUGAAUACCAGCCUAGUACCACGGUGAUCCAUGGGGAGAGGUCCCAGCCAUCCUAAAUAUCUCUUUCAGUUCCUACCACUGCCAACCCUUUCUAUUAGCAAAGAGGAACCUGCUGCAUUAGAGACUUUGCUUGGUUCCCAACCUGCUGCUGUGAGGCAAUAGCCGUGGCCAGUCGGGAGCUGCAUGUGGUGGGAGCUUGGUUUCCCUUCAACUCUUCCCUUUUCAAAAGGAAGCUGAUAAACCACCAGCCCGACAGAUGUUACUGGAACAUUGUGCCACUGCUGAGAAUGCUUGAUCCAGCCUUUCUGGAAGAUGCUCCCAAAAUGGGGGCAUUGUAUUUCUCUUGGAAGGAGGUUUUGGGUUUGUUUCUGGGGUUUUUCUUCUUUUCUAUGGAAAAACCAAACUGCCUGGGGUUGUGUUUUCUUGUUUUCUUCCAAUAGAUUUCAGGUUGGGAGCCAGAGUGUAAGGAUACAGACACCCCCCCUUCCUCCUGGUUACUUGGUGACCGGGGGGGCACUGAUGACUUCUGCAGCUUGGUGUGAUCAAGCAUCUUUCACUUUGUUUCUUUACAAAAGGAGCAUCCAAGGCUUGGCUGUUCCCUCUGCUCCAUGGGUUGAGCUCCCCAGAGCUCCCUUCCAGCUGCAGAAGCAGGGCUUGGAUUAGGACAGUGCUUCCUCAGGAAGUGUUCUGUGGGGCUCUCCAGGGCUGUUCCUCACUGCUGAGCAGAAGCCAGCGGAAUCAAAGGGCUAUGAAAGCUCCCUGGAACAGGGACAUACUUCUCAGAAGCAGCCCAGAGACCACAGACCUCUCUGAGGUGAGCACUCCCCAUGCUCUGCCUCUUGGGGUGCAGCUCUCAGAGGGCAGGGCUGCUCCUCAGCAUCCCAGCACCAGUCAGAGCAUGAGGAGCGGUGUGUGGGGCCGGAUGCAGAGAGGAGGAGUGGGAGAUGGAACCAUGGUCUGGUGCUGAAGGUGGAUAGAGAGAGGAGAAACCUUUGUGAUGCAGGGCUUUAUGAAGCUCUUCACUCGAGCUUGUGAUGAUUGGGUUUUCCCUAUUAAAGAUGAUUUUACUGAAGGCACUUUUUGGGAUGAUGUUGGCUCCCAGCAUGGUAGGAGCAUGCUGGAGCAUCCGACCCAGCACCAUGGGCUUGGUUUUGGUUGUAUGGGUUUAUUUUGAGGUGAAAACAAGAAGACAAAACUGAAGCUGUUGCCCUUUGCCAGCGGAGAAAUACUACCCCAGAUUUUCUACUUCACACCUUCUUAGGAUAUGAGGUGCAUUGGUGGGGCUUUUUUAACUGGGGGCUUUGCUUUUUCACCUCCCUCAGGGUAAAAGAAGAGGGAGAAGGGCCCUGUUGUAUAUACGAUGGGGGUUUUUUAACUGUGCUGAAUGGAUCAUGCACCCGAGUAGCUGAUGAUUUGUAGUCAGAACAUCGUUCCUUUGUAUGUUUGUACUAAUGGCGAUUUUCAACGGGAUGCUUUGAUUUGUACAAAACUCUUUGGCGACUGUAAAAGUGUUUUCAAAAAGCCUCA